AUGACUGAUGAACAGCUUGAAAUUGCUAAUAGUUAUAUUUCUUAUCAUACGGAUCGAUUUGGAUAUGGAAGUAGAAUUCCCGAAUCUCUCGUAAAGGAUCCAAUUCUCUAUGGAGAAUGCUUAAGUGGAGCAUUGUAUAUUGAGGAUUUUCGCCGAUUAAUUACAAGUUUAGGCUAUCCUGAUUAUCGUACUAUAAUUAAUCGAAAAGUCGAUAUAAAGGACUCAGAUAUUAAACAAAAAAUUGGAAUGAUCGACUUUUAUUCUAUUACCAUUCGUACUUUUAAGGUACCUCUCGAAGAUCGUAGUGAAGAUUAUGGUCAAGUCGCGGUUUACAAAGGAAAUAUUGAAGACAAAUUCGUAUUGGAUAAUCAUCACGUGUUUAAGAUUAAUGAUCAGGUUCCAAUUUGUGGAAAUACAUCUGCGAUGUUACAAAAAACUCGUUACGCGGACUACUUUGAUAUUAUUGGAGAAUCCGUACAUUAUGGAUUAUUCAAGAGUUCAGGGUGA